AUAAGCCCGGCCCCUUUAUAUACUCAGAACUUCUUUCUUCAAAUUAUUACUUACCCAUCAUAAUCAAUUUUAUCUGAGAAGUCCUGCUAAUCUUUUGAUUAAUCUAUUGCUCCUUAGUUGAGGAAUUUGUAAAGGACGAUUCUUUUGGGUAAAAGUUGGAUUUUCCCAUUUCCGGAACCUGAAUCUGAAUUGAGAUUAUACCAUGGGAGGGCACAUGAGCAAAAAGCCAGGUGAAACUACAUUGGAGAAUCUACGUUACAUAAGUGAGCUGAAUUCAUAUGAAGCCGCGUGCAGGCUUGACGCUGAUCUGCAGUCCUUCGAUGCAACUCUACAAGCUCGAACCAGCCAUGCUAUCAACACCUUGGCUGGUGGGGUUGAAGUUAGAGCACUCUCCUUUAAUUCGUUGAAACAAGUAACCGAAUCCCUAUUGGAAAUGAAUCAGGAAGUUGUGAAGGUUAUACUGGAUUGCAAGAAGGACAUAUGGAAGACUCGAGAAUUGUUUGAGCUUGUUGAGGAGUACUUUGAUAAUAGCCUGAAAACUUUGGACUUCUUGGCUGCAUUGGAGAAAUGCCUAAAACGAGCUCGGGAUAGUCAGUUGCUGAUUCUUGUAGCACUUCAACAAUUUGAAGAGGAGAGUGGGGUUGAAGGGAAUAGCUAUAAAAAGACCUUAGAGGAAUUGAAGAAUUUCAAAGCUGCUGGAGAACCUUUCACUGAGGAAUUCUUCCAAAUUUUCCAGUCAGUUUAUAUGCAGCAAAUGCUGAUGCUCGAGAAGUUGCAGCUGAAAAAGCAUAAGCUUGACAAAAGGCUUAAGUACAUCCAUGCUUGGAGGAAAGUCUCAAAUGUAAUAUUUGCGGCUACUUUUGCUGCUGUAAUAAUUUGCUCAGUGGUGGCUACUGUCAUAACAGUUCCAGCAGUUGCAUCUGCUCUAGCUGCUGUUCCAUUUGGCUCUAUGGGAAAGUGGAUUGAUUCCUUUCUAGAGAAGUAUGAAGAUGUUCUCAAAGGGCAGAAGGAGUUGAUCAACACAAUGUAUGUGGGUACUUUUAUCACAAUUAAGGACUUGGACACCAUCAGAGUGCUAAUAGAUCGAUUGGAAAUUGAGGUUGAUUCACUCUUGAAGAAUGUUGACUUUGCAAUUGAUGAACAGGCUGUAAAGCUUGGUAUAGAAGAGAUAAGGAAGAAGCUUGAUGUUUUUAUGAAGAAUGUUGAAGAUCUUGGAGUUCAAGCUGAUGUGUGUAGCCGAGAUAUUCGCAGGGCAAGGACUGUUAUCUUACAAAGGAUCAUAAAGAACCCCAACCAUUGAGUUGCAAAGUUGCCUUCAUUGUUGGAAACUUUAUCUUUUUUAUUUCUUGAGAACAAAUUUGAUCUAAAUCUGAAACCUGGGUCCUGCUAGAGGACUCCUUAGCCUUCAUACCAAGAAAGGUACUUUAUUAUAUUCAUUCAUU